AUGGAUGGAUGCAUCAAGGAUUUAGCUAAAUUGAUUGAUUCCACUGUAAAUGCGCUAUUGAUCACGACAUACUGCCGAUUAACUGAUCAGAAUCAAACACAUAUAAAUCAAUGUCUUGAUGCUCAUCCAAUAUUUCACAAAUAUUUGCCACAAAUUCUGGAUGCUUGGGGUCGUCCAUCAGCUGGCAUCUAUUCAUCAGGCCCAUUUUUUUGGCUCGGUGAUUAUGAUCAAUGCCAAAGCAUCUCAAGAAUGAUAACUACAAAUCAGUCAGUACAAUACUGUCGAGCGAAUAUUCGUGUUGAAGCAAAUGGAAUGAAACAACAUCAAACAGCUGUCUUCUAUGGAAUGUGUUUACCGAUUCGUUGUAAUGAACGUUCCAUAAAUAACAUUUUUCCUGUUCUCUUCUCUUUUCUGGAGAGCACUUUUGGAAUUUUAAUUUCCAAUAAAUCAACUGUUGAAUGCUUCAAACAAAAGGAUUCAUUCUUUAACGAACUUAAUAUUCAACAGUGGAUAAGUCUCGGUAUCUUUGCUUUUCUUGUUUUAUUGGUACUUUGUGGUACUUUGAUCGAUAUCUAUCGUAAACGACGCAAUCGAAAAUAUUCAGUCAAUAAAGAAUCAUCUGAAAGUUGUGGUCAUAUGACUAUCAGACCGAUGACAAAUGUAUCAUCACAAAUUUCAUCCAUCUGUACGCCAUACGUUCAAGAUGACGUACAUAGCUUCAUAUACAGUGACGCUCCUUCGCAAGCACUCACGUACAAAAGUGUAUCAGCUGUACGAAGAACAUUGAAAAAAUCAAGUUGUGCUAUUAACAGCAUACUCGCAUUCAGUAUUUGUUCUACAUAUCAUUAUUUGACACGUUCACGUAAUCGACAUUUGAAUUCAUUGCAUGGUGUUAGAGUGCUAAGCGCUUUUUGGGUGGUAAUUGGUCAUACGCAUUUGUUUUCAUUGGAAUACGUUGGUAACGUACGACAGUUAUGGUACUCAUUGAAAGCAAACGAGAAACUUUCGCAAAUUAUUUUCAAUUCAUCGCUUUCCGUUGAUUCCUUCUUACUGAUAUCCGCUACCGUUUUGGCGUAUAAAGUUCAUUUACGCCUCCUAAAGCAAAAACAACGUAGAAGCAAACAAGCAGCAUUAUCACCAUGUGGAUGGCUUAUAAUUUGGUCUCAUCGUUUCAUGCGUCUAAUGCCCGCUUAUCUUAUCACAUUCUUUAUCAUUUAUUUUAUUUUUCAACAUAUUGGUGAUGGACCAAUGUGGUCUCAGCAGAAUGGUUAA